AUGCAAAACAGCGACACAACCCUAUCUUGUUCCUUUACGGUCGAGUUUCACAGCCCAGCUGCUAUCAACGACGAAACGGUUGCAAGUUUAUUGGCAGCGGCGAUUCGUCUAUUUCCUCCUCUUCCUCCACCACCACCACCACCACCACCACCAACAAUCUUAUCGACUGGUGGUAAUUGUUCCGCUGUUCUGAGUCAUCGAGAUCUUCUAUCCAUCAUUGACGAGGCUUUGGAAAUAAUGCAAGGUACAUUGGACGAUGUGCGGACUUUGGAUACGAUGCAAGAUGCAAUGGACAACUUGGGUGAUCCAUUUAGACACGUUCAACGUUGUGGUGUUCCACGCCAGUAA